AUUAGAGGCGGUUAGUUGUCGUGCCAUUUUUCCGAUCUUCAUAGGUUAUUAGUGAAUUGAAUUUCUGUUUUCAUUAGAGCAGUGUUUUAUUUAUUUCUGUGAAAUGCCAAACUGAAAUUGAUAAAAAAAAUGGGUGAUAGUGAUGAAGAAUAUGAUAGACGAAGAGCACGGGAUAAGUUUAGAAGAGAACGAAGUGACUAUCAAGAUCGUGGCCGUGAAGAAAGAGGACGAAGAGAUGAUUGGUCUGAAAGGGAUGGCAGAGGCAGCAGAAGAGAAUACCGCGAUUAUGAUCCGAGAAAUCGACGAGAUCGGUAUAGUCCAGCUCGCCAUGAAAUAAGUCCUCCCUUAAAAAGAAUGCGCCGUGACUGGGAUGACCGCAGCAGUGGCUACGGCAGUAAUUUUGAUGCAAAUUAUCCUGGUGGUGGCAUGAUGGGAGGAAUGCAUGCUGGAUGGGGUAUGCAUGGACAAAUGGCUCCACAAAGGGAAGUUGAUACAGGUGUUACUCAACCACCUAUGAUGACUUUUAAACAGUUUUUAUCCUCUCAGGAUGAUGGUAUAGAUGACCAAGAAGCUGUAAAGAAAUAUAAUGAGUACAAACUAGAAUUUAGACGGCAACAAAUUAAUGAAUUUUUUCUCAAUCACAAAGAUGAGGAAUGGUUCAAGUUGAAACAUCAUCCAGAAGAAAGUGCUAAAAGGAAAGCAGAAUUACACGAAGCGUUGAAACGUAGGCUUGCUGUCUUCAUGGAACUGUAUGAAAAGGGUUGGGUUGAUGAAGUACGCAUUGACCAAGAAAAUAGUGAACAAAUAAUAAAAUUUCUUGAUGCAGUGGUUAUAAAGCUAGAAGGUGGAACAGAUUUUGAUUUAAAAGUGCUUGAUGAACCAUAUGAAGAGGAAAAACCUAAAGAAACAACUCUCUUGCCAUCAAGUUUGAAAGAAGAAGAAGAAGAUGAUGAUGAAAAUGAUGAAGAAAAGAUUGAUGAAGUAAAAUCCAAAAAGAAAAGAAAACGUUCUCACAGCUCUCGGUCUGGUGAUGACAGCUCAUCUGGUUCUGAAUCAGAUUCAGAUUCUUUGCCACCAGGAGUAGAUGACGAGGAAGGCAGACUUGCCAAAAAUGGCUUGCCCAAAGGGAAAUCUCGCAGAGCACGCUCACCUUCUGAAUCGGAUAAAGAUAGUGUUGACAAAGAUGACAGCUUAGACAAAUCAGACAUUUCAAUCAAACAAGAAAUGGAUGACAGUUUACCUGAAAAGGUUGUGAAGAAAGAAAUUGAUCCAGAUCUUGAAGAAUGUGAAGAAGCUGAAAAAAGAACUGAGGAAGAUGGUGAAAAAGAAGUUGAAGAUGUAAUGGAUGAAAAAGAGGAUGAAGAACCAAAACCAAGAGCUCUUCAUAAAACUCAUUCCAUCUUCCUUAGGUAUUUAGCACCUUCCAUUACCAAGCAAGAAGUUGAAGCAAUGUGCAAGCGAUUUCCUGGAUUCCUUCGGGUGGCCAUAGCUGAUCCACAACCAGAGAGAAGGUUUGUGCGAAGAGCUUGGGUUACUUUUGAAAGAUCAGUGAACAUAAAGGAGAUGUGCUGGAAAUUAAAUGGCAUUAGAUUGCGUGACAGUGAAUUGGGUGCCAUUGUCAAUAGAGAUUUAAGUCGAAGGAUAAGAUCUGUGAAUGGCAUUUCGUCUCAUAAACAAGUAGUCCGUGCUGACAUUAAAUUGGCUGCCAGGAUAAUCCAGAAUUUAGAUAAACAAAAAAAACUGUGGCAAGAUGACGAUGAAAGGAAGGAAGAACUUGAUGAACGAGGAUUUCUUCUGAGCUCUAAAAACCCUCUUCUAAAGAAUAUCACAGACUACCUUAUUGAAGAAGCUAGUGCCGAAGAAGAUGAACUUCUUGGAAUGGGUGAUAAUGAUGAGAACAGAGACAGUGAGGAAGGCUGUACUUUAGAAAGAGAUGAGAACCUUGUUAAAGUUUUGGAUCGACUUUUGUUAUACUUGCGUGUUGUCCACUCUGUUGACUAUUAUAAUAGCAGUGAAUAUCCUAGUGAAGAUGAAAUGCCCAAUCGCUGUGGUAUUAUGCAUGCAAGAGGUUCUCCACCAUCUAGUAAAGUUACUCAGCAAGAGAUCAACGACUAUAUAAGCCACUUUGAGCAGAAAAGUCAAAUUUUCUUGCAAACCCCAACCAAACUGGAUGAGGAAGAAUGUGUAAAAUUGGGUAAAAAAGAUCCUGAAGCUGAAGUUGAAAAGUUUAUACAGGCAAAUACUCAGGAAUUAGCAAAGGAUAAGUGGCUAUGUCCUUUAUCAGGAAAGAAAUUCAAAGGACCUGAAUUUGUUAGAAAGCAUAUAUUCAACAAGCAUGCAGAAAAGAUAGAAGAGGUCAAAAAGGAGGUUGAGUAUUUCAACAAUUAUCUCAUGGAUCCCAAGAGAGCCCAACUUCCUGAACAUCCUUCUAAUAGGCCAACUGGUCAAAGAACUGAAAAUAUGCAUGGAAUAAAUGGACCACCAUUUCAUAGUGGACCAUUUCCACCUCCCAUGCCUCCAUAUUUUGGACCCAGAGGACCAGGACCAAACUUUGGAGGAUUUGGUGGCCAGAAUUAUGGAAGAAUGGAUAUGUAUCGAAGUGGAUAUGGCAAACGUAACUUUCAACGUGAUCCCAGAGAAAUCAUUGGUUAUCACGAUGUGGAUUCUCCGAUGGAUGUGGACUAUUUUUAAAUUAUCAGCGCUUGGUCUCUUUUCUAUGAAAAAUUUUACUCUGUACAUAUCUCUUAUCUACUUAUCUGCCACUAUAAUGAGGUGUGAAUUUUCUUUCUAAAAAAUAAAAUGUGUUCUUCCUAAAAAGAAAAUUUUCUUAUAUUAAAAUCAUCACUUGUCCAAGAAUCAUUUUAGUGGCAGUCUGGUAGAGUCAGUGUGAAACUGCUUCAACAAUUAGUGUUCUUACAUGUUUCCAUUUCCAGAAGAAGUCCUCGCUCUGACUCAAGAAAAAUGAUCACGUACAGAGAUCUUGAUGCACCUGAUGAUGUGGAGGUCUUUUAAGUUAUGUAAUAUAUUUUUAUUUGCAUUAUCAACCUCAUCUGUAAAGUCUACACUUGGACAUCAUUUAUUGUCAUUAAAUGCUUUUGAUAUUUA